AUGGCGAAGAAAGAGAUGAAAGUUGUGAAGAAUUUGGACUUGGAAAGGUACAUGGGUCGAUGGUAUGAGAUUGCUUCGUUCCCAUCGUUUUUUCAGCCCAGGAACGGUGUGAACACCAGAGCCACAUAUUCCCUUAACAGUGAUGGGACUACUGUGCAUGUGCUCAACGAGACGUUGAGUGGUGGGAAGAGAGUCUCCAUAGAGGGUGUUGCUUAUAAGGCUAACCCCAACAGUGAUGAAGCCAAGUUCAAGGUCAAGUUUUACGUUCCUCCCUUCCUACCCAUCAUCCCUGUUGUUGGAGACUACUGGGUUUUGUUCAUUGAUGAUGAUUAUCAGUACGCUUUAAUUGGCCAACAAAGCAGGAAAUACCUCUGGAUUUUAAGCAGGAAUCCCCAUUUGGAUGAAGAGAUCUACAAUUUGCUUGUUCAGAUAGCUGUGGAUCAAGGAUAUGAUGUGAGCAAACUUCACAAGACUCCACAGAGCGAUCCUCCACAGAGCGAUCCUCCACCAGAGGAAGAAGGCCCCAAAGAUUCCAAAGGCAUUUGGUGGCUCAAAUCCCUUUUGGGGAAAUAG